CAACAGGAAAGAAGUCAUCGUGGAGUGAAAAUCAAUGAAUGUAAUCAGUGCUUUAAAGUCUUCAGCACCAAAUCUAACCUUACUCAGCACAAGAGAAUUCACACUGGAGAAAAACCCUAUGACUGUAAUCAGUGCGGAAAAUCCUUCAGCAGCAGGUCUUACCUUACUAUUCAUAGGAGAAUUCAUAAUGGAGAGAAACCCUAUGAAUGCAAUCACUGUGGGAAAGCCUUUAGUGAUCCCUCAUCCCUUAGGUUGCACGUGAGAAUUCACACCGGAGAAAAACCUUAUGAAUGUAACCAGUGUUUUCACGUCUUCCGCACUAGUUGUAACCUCAAAAGCCACAAGAGAAUCCAUACAGGGGAGAAUCACCAUGAAUGUAAUCAGUGUGGAAAGGCCUUCAGCACCAGGUCCUCUCUUACUGGACACAACAGCAUUCAUACAGGGGAGAAACCGUAUGAGUGCCAUGAUUGUGGGAAAGCCUUCAGGAAGAGCUCCUAUCUGACACAGCACGUGAGAACUCACACAGGAGAGAAACCCUAUGAAUGUAACGAGUGUCGGAAAUCCUUCAGCAGCAGUUUUUCUCUGACUGUGCACAAGAGAAUACAUACUGGAGAGAAACCCUACGAGUGCAGUGACUGUGGGAAGGCCUUUAAUAACCUCUCUGCUGUUAAGAAGCACUUGAGAACUCACACUGGAGAAAAGCCCUAUGAAUGUAACCAUUGUGGGAAAUCUUUUACCAGCAACUCUUAUCUCUCCGUGCACAAGAGAAUACAUAACAGGUGGAUAUGAGUUGUGAUGAGAAAUGACUGGAAAUCUCUAUGAGAAAGCACUUGUUGACCUCUCACCCUAAGACAACCUGAGAGAACUCAACCAGGUAUACAAGUUAUCUUGUUUCUGCCUAACAAAUCAUUCCCCAAAACUUUGACUUAAAACAAGAAGCAUUUAUUAUUUCACAGUUUCCAAAAGGAAUUCAGGAACAGUUUAGCUUUGUAGUUCUGGCUCAGGAUCUCUUGAGGUUUCAGCCCAGAUGUCAGGCAGGGCUGUGGUCAGCAGGUCUUUGCUAAUGAAGGGUCCAUUUCCAAGAUGGCCCUCACAUGCCUAGAAUGUCGGUGCUGGUUGUUGACAGGAGACUUCCUGACCACAUAGGCCUCUCCACAAGGCUAUGUAGCUUUGCGAUGUGGCAGCAGGUUCCUCCCAAAGUAAGUGAUUCAAGGGAGGGCCACUGAAGAAGCCAUAAUGUCCUACCACCUAGGCGCAGAAGGAUGUUUUCACCUCUUUCAUAUGGAAUUGGUCACAGAAUGAUUGUGAUACUGUGGGAGAAGACUACAGAAACAUGAGUAUCAGGAGACAGAUCAGAGACCCUUCUUAGAAAGCUGCCAUGAAAUUAAUGAAGAAAAGCUUUCAGCAGACCCUCAUCCUUUUAAUCAUUGUGACAUAGCCUCAGUAAGCUCUCUGGUCCAUCCAUUCUGGAGAGAAACCUGUGAGCGCCGUCUCUGUGGUAAAGCUUUCAGCCCACACUCAUUCCGACGUGCCCGAAAGAUUAUGUAUUGGGAAAAACCUGAGGAGUGGAAUGAUAGGAAACCCUUCAGUAAUAGCUCCCACUCAGGGGAAAGCCCUCUGAAGGUCAAAAGAGUGUGUGUCUGACACACGUGAGAUCACACAACAGAGGAAGACUUCAGAAAUGUGUAAAACCCUGUGGCCCAAAUGUCCACAUUACUGACCACCAGACAGUGAGGUAUGCCCACAGUGACUAUGGGAAAGACUUGAGAAUGUUCUGGUUUUUUCGUUUUGUUAAGUACUGGAGCUUGAACACAGGGCCUUGCGCAUGAGUGCUCUAUCACUGAGCUACACCCCCAGCCCUUUUUGAGACAGAACUUUGCUAAGUUGCCCAGACUAGCCUCAAACUUGCAGUCCUCCUGCUCCAGCCUCCCACGUAGCUGGAGUUAAAAGACAUGCACCCCCACAUUUGACUUGUUCUCUCACUUUUUUAAAGAUGAAAAUUUAUUAACACAAAGAACAGGGAAAGCCUUCAAGGAUGCCUCUUGUGUUAAAUGGUCCCUGAAUGCAAAACCUCUCAGUGUGUUUGGAAGUUUUUCAGUGAUUCAGGAACUCACUGGAGGACACCAGGGGACACCAAGAGUGGAGUCUGUUAGGUGCCUCCGUCUCAGCACUUCAUGAAUGACUGCAGAAUAAUCUGUACUGGAAACAAACGUAGUACAGUGAGUGUAGAGUCCCCUGCCAACAUCUCACCUGCAGGCUGGGCCACUAGCUCAUUAAUUUUUCAGUCUGUUUUUUUGUUUUGUUUUGUUUUUAAUAUUUUCUAAGUUGUCAGUGGAUCUUUAUUUAUUUAUAUGUGAUGCCGAGAAUCGAACCCAUGCCUCACACAUGCGAGGCAAGCACUGUACCACUGAGCUAUAGCCCCAGCACUUCAGUAUGUUUUCAUAUAAACGUUUGUGUCUUUAUCAUUUUCCUAAAAUGAACCCUAAGUUGUGUUCCAAAAUUUUACUGCAAUGUAUUUAUUAUAAUUUACUCUUUGAAAACAUUGGUACAUUGCAUAUUCAAAAAGUUAUUUCUGAAUAGCUCCCAAAUGCUCUCAUCUUAAUGGACAUUAAACAACAUUUCUGGUACAUUUUCUUCAAA